CUGAGUGCUUAACCGCCGACACAGCUGCGGGGAUUAUUCGUUUGCUCACUGCAGAAAACUUCCCCCUGAACUCCCUGCUCUGACCUGGCCUUGACUCGCCACACCCAGGACAGGAUGACGCCUCUGGUCACUCAUUUCCUGAUAGUUGGUUUGGUUGUCAUUGGUAUGCAAGAGGGUGUGCACAUGGAGGAGUGCAUCUUUGAGAAGCUAGACGAAGAGGACAGCAUGUUUUGCGGAGGGCAUCUAGAAAUUUUGUACCCAGAACUGGGAGAUGUUGGCUGUACAUAUAUUCCAAAGUGCAACUUAUACCGUAAACGGAUCAGCAAGGAAUGGAAUAGCCCAAAAGUCAGAUACCAGCAGGCAUAUGGGAAUAAGAAGUAUGUUCUCAUCAUGGUGGAUCCAGAUGCCCCCAGCAGAGCAAAUCCGAAGUACCGUUUCUGGAGACACUGGGUUGUUGUCAACAUCAAUGGUGCUGAACUGAAGAAUGGGAAUCUACAAGGCAAUGUGUUGUCAGACUACCGCCGACCCACACCACCAUCUCAAAGUGGCUAUCACCGCUACCAGUUCCUCCUCUAUGAACAGCCAACUUAUGAAGACAUAUCCUUGAGUCCAGAGGAAAGUGCAUCCACAGGUUCCUGGAACGUGGAGCACUUUGUGGAUAGGUUUGAGCUUGGAACACCUGUGGCUUCAACCCAAUUCAUCACUAAGGACUACAGUGACUAGGAGGAGCACCCACAGUAUUCCCUUUUGCUCUGAAAUGCUCUGGCUUGCAUUUUUACCCUUUGGAGAACAAGAGUGAAUCAACAACCUUCAUUCAGCACCAGCCUGUUGGCAUGUCAAAUGCAUUAUCACCAGUUCAGUGGGCUUCGUAGAGCUCGCUGUGAUCUACAGUCUUAGGAUUCUAACUUUCUUUCAUCUCACUUUCACUUGGUGUGAAGAGGACUUGUGUGGACACCUCUGGCUCUUUGGGCAUACAAACCUUAGUACUCAUUAUGCUAAGACCACUUGCAUUUUUA